AUGACCGAAUCAUCUAUCAAUGUCUGCGUUCGUAUUCGUCCGUUUAGCGAAAAGGAAGCAUCCCAGCUAGCUCCCAACGAGGAUCAUGCUCCUUUUCUCGGCGAUGGUGGUCUCGCCGGCGGCAUCUCGCCCAACAAGUUCGUAACGAGCCCAGCAUCCACCUCCACACUCAAGACACGCUUCGUACGACCCAUCGUCAAGCCUAUGGACAAAAAAGUGCUUGUCUUUGAUCCGCCUGAUACCAACCCUCUCACACGCCUUUACAACAACAAUCCGCUCGCACGUGGCGCCAGACGCAGCAAAGAUGUUCGAUACGCCUUUGAUCGAGUCUUUGAUUCGACGGCGUCCCAGACCGACGUCUUCCAGGAGACCUGCAAGCCGCUGCUGGACGGCAUCCUCAACGGCUACAACGCGAGUGUCUUCGCUUACGGUGCCACCGGGUGCGGAAAGACGCAUACCAUCAGCGGUACGCCUGACGAUCCGGGUCUAAUCUUUCUCACCAUGAAGGAGCUCUACAACCGCAUUCAGGAUGCGCGGGAUGACUCGGACGUGCAGAUUCGUCUCUCCUAUCUCGAAAUCUAUAACGAAACCAUCCGUGAUCUGCUCAGCUCCGAGCCCACUCCACCCGGCGCCGGUCUAGCGCUACGUGAAGACGCCAACAAUCGUAUCUCGGUGGUCGGCAUCACCGAGCUCGUCCCUGAAAGCCCCGAGAGCGUCCUCGAAUACAUCCAGGAAGGCAACCUCCGACGCACCAUGAGCCCCACGGAGGCAAAUGCCGUCAGUUCUCGUUCCCAUGCCGUGCUUCAGAUCAAUGUGACGCAGAAACCACGCACCGCUAGCAUGACCGAGCAGACCACUUCGGCUUCGCUCAACAUCAUCGACCUUGCCGGCUCCGAGCGUGCCUCUGCCACCCGCAACAAUGGCGCGCGAAUGAAGGAAGGUGCCAACAUCAACAAGUCGCUGCUCGCCCUCGGCAAUUGCAUCAAUGCCCUCUGCCAGUCUGAUGGUGUGCGUAAGCAUAUCCCCUACCGCAACUCGAAGCUCACCCGUCUACUCAAGUUCUCUCUCGGAGGCAACUGCAAGACCGUCAUGGUCGUCUGCAUCAGCCCAUCCAGCACCCACUACGAAGAGACGCACAAUGCCCUCAAGUACGCAAACCAGGCAAAGAACAUCCGUACCAAGGUCAGCCGCAACAUGAUCAACGUCGAUCGCCACGUCGCUCAGUACGUUCAGGCCAUUCACGAGCUCAAGGAGGAAAACGAACGCCUCCGCGCAAAGCUCGAUGAGCGCGGCACCCUCGAGUCGGCUGCAGAGAAACGCAAGCGCGCAGAAAUGAGCAAGGAGAUGGAUGAAGCUAAGAAACGUAUGCGCGAGAGCACCGACAACGUCACCAAGCUCGUCUCUGAUAAAGCUGGCUUUGAGGCGACAACCGCAGCUGCGGAGACCAAACUCAUCGAGCUACGCAAACGCUUGACGAUCGUCGAGGCCGACCUGAAUCGCUUCAGCAGCAAGGGCGAGGUGCUGCCUUCGGACCUCGAGGGCGAACGCGAUGUGCUUCGCAAAAUGAUCGCAAGCGAAGAGAAGGCGCUGCACGACGAGUCUACAUCCGCUGGAGUACGCAGCCUGCUCAACAGCCUCCAAAUGCAGCGCGGCAUCAUUGUCGCUGCUUCGCACAACCAGAAAUUCGACACAGAGGCAUCCGAGACCAUCCAGACGUUGGGUAAUGCGAUGUUGGCAGAAGUCGAGGCGGAAAAGGCUAAGGCAAAGUUCACUGGGCUGCUGGGUGUGCUGCGGCGCUCAACCACGGAGGCGACACAGCUUGUGGCGGUGGCAACUAGAAGCACAAUAGCACUGCGCGAGGUGGCAGGCGAGCUCGAGUACAGAGCGACCCACGCUAACGACGCGGCCAGCAAAGAAAGUGCGGAAGAGCUUUCGUCAACGAUGGCACUGCUGGCUUCCCAGCUGCGCAGCAUUGCAGGCGAGAAUGACAAGGUGUUCGAAGCAAUGUGUGGUGCCACUUUGCCUACUGUUGCGCCACCAUCAGUGGCUUCGAUAGUGAGUGCGGGUGCAAGCAAGUCUGCGAAGGCUGUAGUCAGCACGACCCUCCGCCGUGCGCGGACCUCACUGGCGGUCGGCUCAGCGGCUCCUGCAGCCUCCUCGACAUCGAAUCGAUCCGUCUCAUCUUUUGCCGGGCGAGCCAGUAAUGCACCAGCGGCUUCAGCCUUUGCUCGGUCGACCAGCAUGCAAGUCACCAGCUCGCCGUCGACGAUGACGAGCGUCGCGCCGGCCUCGAAUCGACACGGCUUUGCUGCCCCCACCUCCUCGUCUUCUGCUCGUUCGUCGCAGGUUUCGGCCAGCAGCCCGGCGCGAAAAGCAGCCCCCAUGCGAAGGGUCAGCACUGCAGCCGCCACACGGAGGUUGAGCUCGGUGAGGGCUGCGCGAUCGGGUACAGCAGCUGCAGCGUUACCCGUCGUGGAGGAGAAGAAAAAGUUCCGGUGGGCCGACGAAGCAGGUGAAGGCGACAUUGACGAUAAAGGUCUAGGACAGAUUGGUUCGGUUGCAGAAGUUGGCAUUAGUUUGCAAGGUGACAGCGCAGGAAGCAGCUCCGGGACAGAAUGGGAGGAUCUGUCUGAUGGACGUAGCACUCCCUCUGUAGCAGCUAAGCCCAUCACGCGAUCUACGUCGGUGGGCACGGCGGUAUCGUCCAAGGGCUUGAGCGUAUUUUCCGAGAGUAAGCGAUCUGUGUCGAGUGGAUCGGCGCUCUCCUCUCUGCGCGAGGAGCGAAAUGCCUCCAGCGGCGGAGGAUCGGCCGACGAAGCAGAUAUCUCCAACACGUCGCCCGCGGCCACGCUCAAACCGAUCCCGCACCCACGCCCACCUCUGCGCACUACCACCAACACCGCCGCUGCCGCCGCCGCCACGUCUUCCGCGGGCGCGCCAACGGCAGCGCUGUUGAACGGAUCCUUGUUCCCCGUCUUUCCCUCUUCCACUGAGGGUGGGAUCAAUGCCGCUGCGUUCAACACGGUGGUUCCCGUGAAGAAAGCCUUCCCAAGACCGAGUGCCGGUGGACCGGGUCCGAUUCGCCGCAGAACGAGGACGAGCGUGGCUGUGGCCGGACAAGCUAAUCCCUUGCUUGCAUCGGGAGUGGGGCCGGGAUCGAUUCCAGGCCAGUUCGCGGCACCGAGUGGCGUAGGGAACAGGGUGAAAGCCAGUCGGGUCUCGGUGGUACCUGGGAUGCGCAGUGCCAGUGCUAGCAUGGUCGGCGGUGGCGGUGCAGAGGGGAGGGCUGCGCUCUUUGGCUGA